GGAGCAGAGUUACACCGGAAGUUCCUGGCUGUGCUGGCGUAGUGUUGCUUUGGCAGCAUUGGUCCCCUCACUCAGUCCGGCCGGCGGAGAGGCGGAGGCGGAGAAGAAGAAGCAGCAGCAGCGGGCCAAAGGGGCCAGAGUCCUCCGGCGGCGGCCAUGGCGCUGAACAGGAACCACUCGGAGGGCGGCGGCGUCAUCGUCAACAACAGCGAGAGUGUCUUGAUGACUUAUGAUCACAUUGAAGUUACAUUCCAUGACAUGGAACAUAUGCCAGAUGCUUUCAAGGGAACCAAGAAAGGCAGUGUCUUCAUGACCCCAUAUCGAAUUAUCUUUGUGUCUAAAGGAAAAGAUCCAAUGCAGUCUUUCAUGAUGCCCUUUUAUUUGAUGAAAGAUUGUGAGAUUAAGCAGCCUGUUUUUGGAGCAAAUUACAUCAAAGGUGUAGUGAAAGCCGAGGCAGGAGGAGGUUGGGAAGGAUCUGCAACUUUCAAAAUGGCAUUUUCAGCUGGAGGUGCCAUUGAAUUUGGACAGCGCAUGCUACAAGUAGCUUCUCAAGCUUCCAGGGGGGAAGUCCCCAACGGAGCCUAUGGGUACUCGUACAUGCCGAAUGGGGGCUAUACCUUUCCACCUCUUGCUACCAAUGGGAUGUACUCUCCUGCCCCUCCUUCCGGAUACCCUUACCCACCACCGCCUCCUGCUGAAUUGUAUCCUGGUCCACCGAUGGCUGGAGAUAUGGGAUACAUGCAGCUUCCCCCACCUCCCUAUCCUGGGCCCAUGGAGCCACCAGCUGUGGGCCCAGACCUUCCCUCCACUCCAGCAGCUGAAGCUAAAGCUGCAGAAGCUGCUGCAAGUGCUUAUUACAACCCAGGCAACCCUCAUAAUGUCUACAUGCCAAUGGAUCAGCCUCCUCCCCCUCCCUAUUUUCCUCCAGAUGAUAAGAAAACCCAAUAGACAGUACCCACACUUGCUUCCUUGCUUCCAUUUGGUUCAAUAUUGAUUAGGGAUAUGACAAUGGUAAAGGACUGUCUCGCCUCCCUCUGGCACAUGUAACUCCCACACGCAGCAGUGGUAGACAUUAGGAAAACUUCUAACAUUUUCCUGGAUUAUCCCAUGCACCGAAGAAGAUAUUGUUCUCUUCUAUAUGGUUCUUUCUCCAUGUCAAUGAUGAAAUGAAGGAAAAGCUUUGUUCUUCUCCCAUCCCAUCUCUGAAGUGUCCUGAGGUAAAUACCUUCCUUAAACCAAAUCCUUAUCUACACCCUCUGAAUGUGGUCGGUGUGGAUCACUUACGAUCCAUCUCUCCUGAGGUGAAGCUUUGAAAGAUAUUCAGCUUUGCGAUCCGUCAGUUCUUCAUUGCUGAACCCUACCAACGUUUCAACCAAGAAAAUGCACCAAUUUCCCAACAAAUCUAGUAGCAUGUUCUUAGGUGUUUGGUUUUAUUUGGAUGCUGGAAUGUUCUGCCAUUUCUUCUACUAAAGACACACACAGCGGCAUGUAUGCAUCAUGGAUUAAUUUCAAAACAUUCCUGUCUGCUUAUGCAUCUUUCUUAAUUUAUUUUCUACAACGGCAAAAUAAUGGCUGCAUGGACCUGAUCCAUGAUUCAUAUUAUCACCACACCUAACCUGAUACUUGAUUUGUCUAAUCUCCUUUCUAAGAGCUGAUAAGAGUUUCUAAGGAAGAAGAUGGUAGACAUAUUAAUUUAUUUCCUCUUUUUUAAUUUAUUACUUAGAUUUCGCUGCUAGCAUGCCAUUAUCUGAAGCAAGGCACUUCCCUUUUUGCUACAUGGUGUUCAACUGUUUCAUCAGUAUCCUAGUCCAGAUUAUUCAGAUGAAGUCUAAACUGACAAAGGGCAAAAUCUUCUUGCGGAGUUCUGCAUCAUUUUUUGGAGUUUCUUGCACCAAACAGAUGGGGUUGGGAAAUGUAUGAUUCUCCAAAUAUUUGGAGACUGCAGCUUCCAGCAGUUCUAGACAGCAUACCAGUAGUCAGUGGCGAGGGUGCUGGGAGCAGCAUCUGAGAACUGCACAAUGGCCACUAUUGCUUAGAUUAAUGCCAGUGAAAUGCUAUGCACAGCAGAGCCGGUAUGUAUUGUUUUUGCUUCUGUUUUUUCCUGACCCCAAAUAUGGAGGGAAACAAUGAAGGAGCACAUUAGGAAUUACUUCUAUAUGGCAGGAGCCGUAAGCAGUUGAGUUCUUAAAGAUCCCCAAAAAACUUGUCGGAUUCUGUUUUUACAGAGAACUAGAAGGUUCCUGUGUGUCAGAAAAUGGAAACUUCUCUAUUUUAUUAUAAUUAUUUCUGGUUUGCAUAAAAAUCCUCAUAAUUUCCCUGAACUUUGCAUUUGAGAUUGGGGGCUUCCUGGCAAAUUAAGCUAUUGAAGCCAAUGCUGGAAGCUUCAACAUCGUUUUACAGUUGCUUUGAACCUGGGGCGCCUGCUAGCAUUUGUGGCAAUUCCAGCUUUGGCGACAUUAUGACUGUUCAUCUCUGCAAUGGAAAUCCUUGGUUGCUGCAGAAAUGUCCUAAGGAAAGAUACAGAUAGCAUCAGUUGCCAAGAUCUUGGUGAAGUGGGAUGAGUUAACUGCAUGCCUCUGCAAUGCUUGAUCUUCACUUCCCUGCCAUCUCUGUGUGUUUACAUCAAACUAAAGACCUUUUGAAUUUUCAUGAGAUGGAGGUGCAAGCUGUCUCUUUUCUGAAAAACAUCUCUAUUUGCAUUCUCAGUAGCAAUCAUUCUGCUGUUUUGCUGCAGGAUCAAGUGACAGCCAAAUAGGUGAGGACCUUGAGUUUGUGUGGAUGCAAAUUCAGCUGACAAAGCCUUUUCCAGCAGGAGCUUUUAAAACAGCCCCGUACUCAUAACACUAGAAGUAUUGUUUUCCUGAUAGGUAAGGUCCAACUAAGGUCUUCGCCUUUUUCUUCAAAUGCUUCCUAGCUGACCAGUGUUGUUGAUUCUGGUGCACAUACUCCUUUCCACCUUGUGCACUGUUUUUUCUUUCUUUCUAGAUUUGCUGUUUAAACUGCAGUGAUGUAAAGAAACUUAUUUUAAAAAUAGAUACGUAUUUUGGAAAAGUUCUAAUAUAUUAUGGAUGUGAAAUGUUUCAUUUGAAUGUAAGAUUGUCUUUUGAUUUGCUGAGACUGUGAAAUAAAGAUAAUAUACAUCAGA